AUGGUUGAUGGAGAUAAAACCAGACGCAAAAGACUCAAGGUCGUCAGUGCAUGCGGAGAAUGCCGCCGGAAAAAGACCAAAUGUAACGGGGAAAAGCCUUGCGCAGGCUGUUUAAAGGCUCAUGUAGAAUGUAAAUAUGUUACUUCCCAAAAGACAUCAGCAUCUGCUAUCACGGCUGCUAAUGCCACUGCAUCUGCUGCUAAUGCCACUACGACACUCAGUGCUCCUGUGUCCAACACCUCCACCAAGACGGCCAAUACAGCCAAAUCACAAAAGAUGAUCCAUCCGCCAACUAUAGAGACUUCACAUGAACACACCAUGUUGAACAAUGCAUCAUUAUUGACAUCAGCAGCAUCCACAGCGCCAUCCUCUUCCACAUCCACAUCUACGCUUCAUAGCCAUCCGACAGCCAGCUCCAUCGAGUCAAUUGAAGAGCGCCUAGGUACAAUCGAAAACAUCUUGCGGGCACUGCUCGGUUCCGGUAAAAACAAACAUUUGUUACAAGGUUUCCACCCUCAGCAACAACAACAACAACAACAAAGAUCGGAAUCAAGCGUCUAUAUGGACCCGAAGCCUCCUCAUUACUAUGGCCAUCACCCACACUAUCAUUCCGAUGUGUCCUCCUCCUCCAACACAUCAACAUCUUCUUCUUCAUGCGGGGAUAUGUAUUCUUCUCCUCAUUUAGUGCAUGCUCCUCAUAUCCAAAAUAGGCCUAAACCACGGGAAAAGAGGCAACGGCAUGAAGAGGAUGAGGAAGGUAUGACAGAAAAUAAAAGAUUAAAUGUUCGGGAUGACUUCGGUCAUGGGGAUCGUCAGCAUCAGCAGCAUCCACAUCCUUACUCGAAAUUGCAACUGGCUCCAAUCAAGAUUAUAAAUCACACACCCGGGACACCUACGACCAGUAUCCGUAACCUGCUUAAUGAGCAGACAGACGAGGACCAGCAUCUAAAGAAAAAGCCUCGAUGGUAUCCAACAUCUGCCUCAUCUACAUCCACUUCCACUACAAACUCUGCAUUUUACCGAAUGUCAUCAUUACCUCGCAAUGAGAUUAUCAACAGUAAUAAUUCUGCAACGACUGCAGCUGGCAAUUUUACCUGA